CUGUCGACUGAGUUGGCUUGGGUUGUGGCGAUAAUAAUAAUGAAGUGAUUUUCAAAUAAUAUAGAUUAUUUCCAGAGUGCCCAGUAUGGAAAUCGAAAAUUUUAACUUUAACCAGAUUUGUAGGACAUGCAAAUGUGUUACACCUCACAUGCGGUCCCUUUUCGAGGGAUACGAAAAUUCUCAUCAAAGUCCCCGUAUUGACGAGAUGCUAAUGGCCUGUGCUUCAGUUCAGGUGAUAUGUGGAGACGGUUUACCGACGCUAAUUUGCCAAAUAUGUGUGGAACAACUAAAAAACGCCUUCAUCUUCAAGCGACAGGCAGAAAAAGUAGACAUAGGACUAAGGGAAUAUGCGAAAAAUAUCAAAGUGAACGAAAUCAAACAAGAACUUCAAAAUUCUGAGUUUAUGGAAUCCUUGAAUACUCUUAACAAUCUUCUGAAUGAGCAAUCGACAUCAAAAGAACCCUUGCAAGAUGGACAACCUUCUUCGAUUUCUCCCAAAAUUGAAACGGACUAUAUACAAUUCAUGGAAAACAACCAAAUGUUACUCACCUGUCGGGAAUGUGCUAAGAUGUUCACUACUUUGGAAGGCCUACGAUGUCACAAACGUGUUCACACGGGCAGCAUGUAUAAGUGCAAACAGUGUGACAAAGAAUACACCAGGCUGAAUCAUCUUCAACGCCACGAACAAUCGCACAAUAGGAGGAAGGUCCAUGUCUGUCGCAUUUGCAGCAAGACGCUAACUAGAAUGGAGCAUCUGAAGAGACAUCUCGUGACACACUUGAGGGAGAAGCCAUUCUCUUGUAAAACUUGCAACAGGGGGUUCAAUAGGGUGGAGCAUCUGCAUAAUCACGUCCCAAGAUGUAAAGGCGACACAGUUUACCCCUGUGAUAUUUGUAAUAAGGCCUUCAAUCGUGAAGAUAGUCUCGAAGUCCACAAAAAGAUGCAUGACAAUCAGAGCCCCAAGCUGCCCACCAUCGAGAAUCUAGACAACAUUGAGGAUCACUACUACCAAAUUGAUCAAGACAUCAAUGCGAUAUUCUCCGAUCAUGACGAUGAUGUCGAUGAUUGUUUCGAACCACAGGUAGAAGUUACCGAGGACGAGGAAAAAAUAAAAGUCCCUGAAAUUCCGGUGCCGUCUGGUGUAGUACCAGACGAAGAGAGCAAUGCUAGCGAUGGGUCUGUUGGUGGGGAAGAUGUUGACAACGAUAUGGAGAACGACUUGGAACCUGACAUUGAAGAUGACGCCAAUGAAGAUAAUGAGAGCAUUGUUGACAACAAGGAUAUAAGCGACUUGAACGAAAUUAUUACAGACGACGAUAUUAAGGACAGGAAGGACGUCAAAGUCGAGGAUGACGUGGCUCAGAUGGCAGAACCUGAAGAAGAUGACGAGUUACUGAGAGAAGCUAUCGCUGAAGCUGAGGCUGCCGAAGCUGCUGAAGAGGAGUCCGAUAAAGAUAGCGACGAUUCAGAUUACAUGCCGCAAAAGGCGUCGCCGAAAGUAAAACGGGGCCGAGGAAGGCCCCGCAAGAACCCCGACGCACCUCCUCGUAAUCCUCGUAAAGUGAGAACUCCAAAGUCGCCUAGGGUUCCGGGUAGGGGUAGAGGAAGGCCUCCUUCGAAGGUGCAUGUUAAGAAGGAGCGGGAGCCUGCUGAAGAGGAAUAUGGAGAGUAUCCGUGCCCGAUAUGCCAAGAGAUGUUCCAUACACUGAUGAAAUUGGACAAGCACGCUAGAAUAAUGCAUGAAGGUGCAAAGGUCCAUAAGUGCAAUGUUUGCCAAAAAGAAUUUGCGAGAGCAAACCACUUGAAGAGGCAUGUCACGUCACAUUCGAAAAUCAAACCUUUCCGCUGCACGAUAUGCACAAAGAGUUUCAACAGAAGGGACCAUCUGAACCAGCACCAAAAAUUGCACGAAAGACAGAACGACUAUGAAUGUGACAUAUGCCAGAAGCCUUUCAACAGAGCUGAUCAUUUGGCCAAACAUAAAGCUUCUAAGCAUGGCAUAGGAGACAAAAUAUGUGUGAUGGGAGAAAAGAAAUACGAAUGCCCUCUAUGUCAUAAAUGUUUCACCACUGAAAAAUAUCGAGAUGUUCAUGUAGCUGGUCAUAAUGGACAGAAAGAAUAUGGCUGCAAAGUGUGUGAUAAAACCUUCCUCUCCAAAUCCCAUCUAACGGAGCACAUGAAAUUCCACAACGAGCAUUCCAAGAAGUUCCUCUGCUCAGAAUGUGGGCAGAGAUUCAUUCGAAACGACUAUCUCGUUAUCCACAUGAGGAGGCAUCGGGGUGAGAAACCAUUCAAAUGCAAGUAUUGUGGAAAAGGUUUUCCAAGGACAACAGAUUUGACAGUACAUGAGAGAUAUCAUACUGGGGAGAAAACUCAUUUAUGUACAAUUUGUGGCAGAGGUUUUGGAAGGUGAGUUGUUCAUAAAUGU